CAAUGAAAUAUUCACGAAUGAGGAAAGGCAAGUGGCUUCUGAAUAUUCGGCCAUGGCAGCUAUUUGAUCCCCUGAGGAAUGUCCGGUUUAACAACAGCGCUGGGGAGGAAGUCUCUUUCACCAAAAAGGACAAGAGAUAUGAGAUCCUGAACUGGAGCAUGUCUCCAAAUGGAACUUUGUAUCCUAUGAAGAUUGGAUGGGUGGAUCAUGGUGCUCCUGCAGGCCAGGACUUCUCCAUCAACUCUGCAGCAAUCUUGUGGGCCACAAAGGCAAUGCCUGACGCAAGGUGCGUGAAGAGGUGCAUUCCAGGACACUGGACAAGAGUCCCAGAGGGGAAGCCAGUUUGUUGCUACACGUGUGAACGCUGCGCAGCAGGGAUGUUCUCCACCUCUACAGGGAAUAUCCCACCUGGGAGGUGCGUGGAGUGUUCUCCCCAGGGCACUGGUGAAGAGUUCCAGAGGGGAAGCCUGUCUGCUGCUACGGAUGUGAGCGUUGCGCAGCAGGGAUGUUCUCCACCUCUACAGAUACUUCCAACAUUGGGGGAUCCUCCCCAGGGAUGACUGUAAACAAGGGAAAGAAUUGCUAUUUUAUGUAGGAAUAUUUUCAGUAGAAAUGCCAUGUUGCUGGGCAUACUUCUGAAGUUUCCCAGUUGGCAAAGUCAUCAUAAUAUACAUUUUAAAAACUCUUUAAGUGAUAUAACUGU